UUGUCGCAGAGCGAGAACUUCUCAAUCUAACGGAGAAAGAAUACUCCAAAUUGCCAAAUGAGUGUAAACUGGUUCAAAAAACUUUCAAAAAUGCUGUCAAAAAGAAUCGGGCACUUGUGGAUGAACUUGAAAUACGAAAACGGGACUUGGCCGAACUAACAGAGAUGAUCGCGUAUGACCGCAAUGAGUUGGCCCUCAUUGAGAAAAAGUCGACGGAUGAAAGUCAAAUCAUCUCUGCAAUUGAAGAGAUUUGUGACCAAGAUACGGAGACGUUAAAGGCAUUUUUAUGGAAUAUAUUUGCAUUAAUUAAGGACAUGUAUCUCUAAUUUAAAUGCAAUCUGCAGAAAUAUGAGACACGGUACAGGAAAGCGACCGCAGAAACGGCAAAUCUUCGGAUGGACUUGGAUGGGAAAGUGGCCAUGACACGAUGCAUGCAGGCCGAGAUGGAUGGAUUAAGUGAACGUUUCCGGAAGUUGCACGGGGAACGGGGGGACAUUGUCUCACUUUGGAAAAGUACUUUAAAAGGAUUGCAUCACAGAGAUGCGGAAAUGAGUGAAGUUGCAGAAGACUAUCAACUCGCUGAUUCUAUGUUAAAAUCCGAAACGCUAAAAGUGGAAGAGGCCCGAAAAAAGUUGGACGAACGACAAAAAUUUGCCAGUACAGCUUUCCUCCAGUUGGAUCGAUGGGAUCGGAAAGUUAUGGAAUUGCGUGAAGAGAUCAAAAGCUCUACCGAAUUUAGCCAAACCAUGAAAGAUAACAUACUCACAUAUGAAACUGCAAUUACCUACGAUUCCACCCAAAUUCAAGAGCUUAACAAAAAGUCUGCCGUGAUUGAAAAAGAGCUGGCGGAAAUGAAUGAUAAAGUAGCCGCUAUACAAGACAAACUUACCGAAUUGAAUUUGAAAGAGGAAGAAAAUUCGUCAAAAAUGCUUACAACCUCCGAAAGGAUGAAACAAAUUCAAGUUUUGAUUGACGAGGAGGAGAAAAAAUUGGAAGCUUGUGUUAAGAACUUGGAACGCGAAAUGACACGGAAGGGACAGUGGCUAAAUAAAAAACGACAAUUGGAAGCUAACUCACUCAACUUAGACCAUGAAUAUAGAGGUGUUCAAGCUAAUUUACAAGUUUUCCGAGCACGAAGUAGCGAAUGUGAAAUGACGUUGGAGAAACGAAAAGCACAAAUUUAUCGGGUCGAACUCCUGUUAAUUUCCAAAGAACAAAAGUACAAACCUUUCCUGAAUCCAAAGGCGAAUGAUGUCCAAAUUUCCGAAGAGCAGGAAAGACAUGUCAUCGAAAUGAGAGAAAAUUUGAUUCACAUGCAAAAAAGGAAGAAUUUUAUAUCCAACCAAGUCAGUCAUCUAACCAGUAUCAAUAAAAGGAUUUACAGGGAGAAGGGCGGCUUAGAAAAGGAAAAUUUUGGACUGGGCGUUAAAAAUAAUGAGCAUACUUGUUCAGUUAAAUUCACUGUGAAAUCUCUGGAGUUCAUGGUGGACGAAUACCAAAAUCUCAUCGUAGAUCACAGCUUGGUGAAGCUAAAGUUGAGAGAAAUUACGAAAGCUGUGCAACAACAGCAAAAUAUGUUGUUUGACUCUGAAACCCACAGAACAAGGUUACAAGCUGCCACUAGAGAGAAAAAGUCGGAAAUUGAAGCUCACUCGAGAUUAUUGGAAAUGAGAAAGCGUGGAAUGAAAGAGGAAAUGACACAGUUUAGAAUGCAAUUAUCUCAAGCGAUGUCUGGGCUGACGAAGAGACGACAAAGAUAUGAGAUAAUUAUGAAACUCAUGGCCAAACCGGAGGACGGUUCUUCUAACCCGAACGAAAUCAAAUCGGAAGCAUAUUACGUUCUAAAAAUGGUUCAAGAACGUGAUUUAUUGCGAACGAGAUAA